AUGCCGACAUUUAUGCUCGCUACGGCUUCAAAUCCGGAAAUGGUGUGGAGCGCCUCCGNNGACAAGGUGCAGAAGCUGUGGAAGCUGUUGGGCUUGAAGUCCUCACCCUCAGAGUUGUUCACUGAGGACAAGCCGCAAGAGGUUUCGCAGGAUUUGUUCAUACCCUUGAAACCCAAGAAGAGAGCUUUGUCGAAGACAAGGGCUUUGGCCUUUCAGGCAGAGCUUCUCGGGGCAUUCUCUGCUCCAGCUUUCCAGAAGAAGUUGGCAGAGAUGUCAAGAAAGCAUUGUGCGCACUUGUACGAUGCUGACGGCAAAGCCGAGCUGGAUGCAAUCUUGGAGAAGACGAAGCUCCAGAUCUUACCGCUCUACGGCUACGAGGCCUCCACGAAAGGCUUGCGGGACAUGGAGCAUGACAUGCAGCAGUUUGACAAUGAUUCGGACAUCUUCGUCAACGCCAUCGCUAUCGAAGAAGUGCUCUUCCCACAUUGCCAGAGCGGGCGCGUGCCGACAGCGGAGCAAGGGCCGGUGGGCCGACCGGGGCCAAAGCCGACCUCUGCUUUCACAGUCGCAAAGCUGUUGCGAAAGCAGCUGGCGGCCUUCAGUAGCCCAAGCUUCCAGAGUGCGAUCUCCUGCUUGAAGCGCAGCGCGGACGUGGAGCAGGCAUGCGAAGGAUACUACCACUUAAGGGGCCGAGCCGACCUAGCCUUGCCGGUACAGCGCCGAAUCCUGCCUCAGUUUGGCUUUGAGGGUUCGCGAGCCGGCGUGCUGGACAUGGUAAGCCACUGCUCCCAGUUCAUCAUGGAUCCGGAAGUUGGGGGGCUCUUCGACGACAUCAACUUGAAGCUUGGGAUGACGCCCAGAGCCUGUGCUCGGUUCCGUGACACGGCAGCUUUCAGCAUCGCCGGCAGCAGCAAGUGA